AUGGGAGGAAAUUCAUCCAAGGAAUCUGGUACUCCUUCCAUUGCUGCAAACAUGCCUCUUCAGGCUGAUAUCUCUUCAUUCAAACUCAGCAUCAUCAAAACCAAUACAAGUUCAGAACUCACCAUCGGAAACAGACGAAUGAUUGUUUUGGAUUGUCCCGAGAAUAAAUAUGAAUUUACAGAAGAAUCGGGUAAUAUUCAUAGGAUUCAUCAUUUAAUAUUCACAGGAGGUGAUGAUGAGAAGAGAGAGAGUUUGUCCAAAGUAUUAUCUACUUUGAAUGAGUUACAAUUCUUUCAGAUGCAAAACAAAGCUGGAAAGUCGUUCAACACAAGAGGAUCGGAUGCAGGAACAACCAUAACACUCCAUCACGACAGAAAACGAUGGGAAGUGAAACUGACAGAACAAUCGGUACUUAAAAACAAGACUCAUGAACAAAACUUUAAACAAAUUGAAGAAAAAGCAGAAAGAUGGUUUUCGAGCGAAGCGGCAAAACAUACACAAUUCCGCUCUGUAAUUGUAGUUUUUUCGGAGGCUCUUGUGAAAUACUUUAUUGAUGAACUUGACAGUGGUUUGCAAUUAAUGUACUCUCUUCCAGGAGAUACAAAAACCUACAAGGCUUGUAUUCUUACAUCUUCAACCAAUAUUCAGGAGACAAAAGUUGAGCAACUAUCACUUCCGUCUGGAGAAAUGAGUUUAUGUGUAGGAAAAUAUUCAAUGGUGUCAUUUGGAGGUACGGAGGGAGGUUUAAAGUGUCCACAAACAAUCAAAUUAGCUGGAAGUAUUUUAAGAUUGGACAUUUCUGGUGAUAAAACCUCACUGGUAGUGACACAAAAUUAG